AUGGCACCACCCUCAGCGGCCGAGAAGAAAACACUCUCGGCUGCUGAGAGUGUACACUCUCAUCGGCCGGGAGGAACACUCUCGGCCGAUGAGAGUGUACACCCUCAACGGCCGGGAGAAAACCUCUCGGCCGUUGAGAGUGUACACCCUCAACGGCCGGGAGAAAACCUCUCUCGGCCGUUUAGAGUGUACACGCCCAGCCAGAAAACGACUCUCGUCACGAGAGGAUUUGCCAAGCUCGGUAUGAUCAUCUCUUCACGAAAACUCAAGCUUUCGUUUUAUCAAAAACGAACGAAGCAUCGCGGUGCCAGUCAACCGCUUCGGUUGCCCAUAGGCCGAGCCAAGGGUAAAUCUCCAAAACUCACGACCAUCCUCGUUUCGUGGUUAUACGUAUUCACCAACCUCUACGCUUAG